AUGACGGUAUCGUACAAUUCAUUAGCACAGUCCUUACAGGCGAGAAGCAGCUGCUUCAGCCCCAAAGCCUAUUGCAUCAGAGAUACUAAGCAGAGAAGCAGAUCCUUUGUCGUAUUCGCUUCCAAUGAUAAGAGCAUUGCUCUUCAGGCUAAGCCAGAGAUGGUCAGCUUCCUACCCUUUGACUCUUGGGUUGGGACUGUUACAUCUCUGGUAGAGAAAAGAGAGAGAAGGAUAGGCUUUUUGAUGGUUUCUAUCUUUAAGUACCUUAUGUUCAGUUCAGAGAAAACUGAGAGAUGGUCAGGUUCCUACCCUUUUGACCCAUGGAUUGGGACUGUUACAUCUCUGGUAAAGAAAAGAGAGAGAAGUAAAGGCUUUUUGAUGGCUUCCAUCUUUAGGUUUGGAGAUCUCUUUCAAGUGGGUCUGAACUGUUACAUCUCUGGUAAAGAAAACAGAGAGAAGGAAAGCCAUUUUGAUGGUUUCCAUCUUAUGGUAGAUAACUUGUUGGACCGCAUAAAAUGGGAUGACAAAGGUUUAGCCGUGGCAAUAGCACAGAACGUUGAUACUGGAGCGGUUUUAAUGCAAGGCUUUGCCAACAGAGAGGCUCUCUCCACGACCAUCACUUCUCGGAAAGCUACAUUCUUCAGUCGAUCAAGAUCAACCUUGUGGACUAAAGGAGAGACAUCCAAUAACUUCAUCAACAUCCACGAUGUUUAUAUCGACUGCGAUCGCGAUUCGAUAAUUUACCUCGGGACACCUGAUGGGCCAACUUGUCACACAGGGGCAGAGACAUGUUACUACACAUCUGUUUUCGAUCAGUUAAAGAAUGACCAGGCUGCAGGAGAGAAGCUAGCAGAAACAACCUUGUAUUCGCUGGAAUCAAUUAUUUCCAAGCGGAAAGCGGAAUCAACAGUUCCUCAAGAAGGUAAACCGUCAUGGACUCGACGGCUCUUAACGGAUGAUGCUCUGCUUUGCUCAAAGAUCAGGGAAGAAGCUGAUGAGUUAUGCAGAACACUGGAGGACAAGGAGGAAGUUUCAAGGACAGCGUCGGAGAUGGCGGAUGUGUUGUACCAUUCGAUGGUGCUACUGUCUAAAAGGGGUGUGAAGUUUGAAGAUGUUCUUCAAGUUCUUAGGAAACGCUUCUCUCAAUCUGGAAUCGAGGAGAAGCAAAACCGUACAAAGUAA